GCCACUUCUCAUUCUCCAGUAGUCACUUACUAGGAGCAUGUGUCGACCAAGUUCUGCGUCUGCUGCGCAUCUCCCCAUUCAGGACUAGAGAGAAUAGAACAAAAAAAAAAUAGAUGAAUAUAAAACCGAGCGGACACCUCAGCGGGAGCAGUUGUUUGGAUCUAUUUGAGCGGGGCUUCACUCAGGCAGGAGUGUCGGGCUGGUCCCCUCAGAGCGCGCAGCCUACCCGAACAUGACUUGGGUUCUGCCCUCGUCCAAAGCCCUCUACAUGGGCAUGGAGGUGCUCAUCGCCGUGUCGUCGGUCGUCGGUAACGUGAUGGUGGUAUGGGCCGUGCGCAUCAACCGGUCGCUACGGGAUACCACGUUUUGCUUCAUUGUGUCCCUGGCCUUGGCUGACAUUGCGGUUGGUGCUCUCGUUAUCCCCCUCGCCAUCACCAUCAGCAUCGGACUCCAGACGCACUUCUACAGCUGCCUGCUGGUCGCCUGCACCGUGCUGGUCCUCACGCAAAGUUCCAUCCUUGCCCUGCUGGCCAUCGCCAUCGACCGCUAUCUGCGAGUGAAAAUACCCAUGAGCUACAAGCGAGUGGUGACCCCUCGACGAGCUGGCACGGCCGUGUUGCUGUGUUGGCUGGUGUCCAUCCUAGUGGGCCUCACACCUAUGUUCGGCUGGAAUAACUUACAGCGUCUCCGUGACAAUGGCUCCCUUGUCACAGACGACCUCGUGGUGAUCUGCCAGUUUGAGACAGUCAUCAGCAUGGACUAUAUGGUCUACUUCAACUUCUUCGGCUGGUUGCUGCCCCCUCUGCUCCUCAUGCUCGUCAUCUAUGUGGAGAUUUUCUACAUGAUUCAUAAGCAGCUCAACAAGAAGGUGACAGUGAGCCACGCAGACCCCAGUCAGUACUUUGGCAAGGAGCUCAAGCUCGCCAAGUCCUUGGCCCUCGUUCUUUUACUCUUUGCGGUGAGCUGGCUUCCCCUUCACAUCCUCAACUGCAUCACCCUCUUUUGUCCCGAGUGUGACAAGCCGGGAUUCCUCAUUUACAUCGCCAUCCUCCUAACCCAUGGCAACUCCGCCGUCAAUCCCAUCGUGUAUGCUUUCCGCAUUAAGAAAUUCCGCACAGCCUUCAGCAAAAUCUGGAAACAGUAUGUUCUGUGUCGGGAUUCGGUUGGUCAGCUUCCUCAGAGAGGAAGUCAGAGAAGACAGAGCACUGAGAGGAGGCUGAGGCACAUGGAUGAUGAUGAUGAUGUGUGACCCUUGGCACCAAGCAAUGACUCUGUCUCAGUACAGUGUUUAGCACUCUAAAAGCUUGAGGAAUUACAAAUGGACCUUAGUUAAAGGACGUCAGACAGCUGACUGUGGAUCUACUCUAUCCAGAACUCUAUGUCCCCCGUCCCCUAUUUGGAGCUACUACAGCAAGUCAACUGCAUGAGUGGUUUUGGCUUAAUUUUUACACCGGAUGCCCUUCCUGACGCAACCCUGGCUGGGAAUCACACUCACGCCCUCUGCCAUGAAAGGCAGAAGCGCGUACCAUCGCGCCACAAGGGACCUCAUCCGGAACUCUCUAUGAGAAUAGGAUAAUCAGACACUGACUCAGAUGGGAACGUUUUUGUUUAUGUCUCUACCAGCUACAAUUUAUUGAUGAUGUCAUAUGGGAGAAGGGGCUUAUCAUGAAUUUGAAUGACUACACGUACAGUAGAUAUUUUGAGUCACACGAAGUACGACAGUAUGCACUCUUCCUCUUUUUUGUUUGUACAACAGCUGAACUUAAGUGCGCCACAUUUUGGAUUCCAUUUUAAGGAAUGUGAUAUUGGCUUCACAAACAGAAUUUGGUUAACUUGUGAUGGGCAAAAGGCCAACCAGAUGCUUUUAGAGGGAGAAGGCUGAAGCAGGAAUGUUGCCUGCAUGGAUGCAAAAAUGUUACGUCUUGGCAUGAGGAAAAAUCCAUGGUAAAGGUUUGACUGUACUGUGCUGGGGUCAGAGUGACACAGGUACCCGUCAUUCUUAAUUGGUAUCCACACUUCAGAUACAAAUUUUAAGAUCGGUUGAACAAGUGCAAGAAUUUACAUUUUGCACUGUUGGAUUUUAAGGAGUUUAUUAGUAGAGCUUCAAAAUGCAAAAAUAAAAAAUGGGAGUGCGACGAAAAAAUGUUGCAAACAACCAUUAAAGUGAAGUAGGCUGUUCAUCAGAGUCGGUAAUGAGUAGCUGCGCCAUUCUUGUUUAUCAGCUAAAAAUGUGUGUGGGCAUGCUUGAUGUUAGUGUUUCCAGGAGGCUGGUGGGAAUGGGAAUGAGGUGAAGAUGGCUUCACAGAGGGCAUCCACUGUCUGGAACUCAUGUCCAUUUUUGUAAACUUCCCUUGCCAUCCAUCCCCAAAUGGAGAUACUGUAUUAUAUAUAGUAGUUUUAAUGCAAUAAAAUAAGAAUAUGAAAGUUAGCAAACAAAAUAAUAAUCAGAAAAUUAAUGUAUUUUAAAGGAUACCCCUUUAACUAAAAGCAAGUUAAAUCUUUCCAAAAAUAACAUAAAUCAAGGCACAAGAAACACAAAUAUAUUCUUAUGUACAUUUUUUAAUACAUGAAUUAUCUACUCAGAGAUGGGUGGAGUAGCCAACAAAACAACUGUACUCAUUUAAGAGUAUUGUUAUUUCACUACAGUUUUAUUCAAGAAAAAGAUAUGUGAUGUUACACAUAUCGGUAUUGAUAUCGGAAUCGGAAAUUGAGAGUUCGACAAUAUCGGCAUAUCAGUUUUCGGCAAAAAAGCCAAUAUCGGACAUCCCUAAUUAAAACCCUUACUCACAGAUGCCGUCUGAUGGCUAUUGGCCUGCACUCGGCGCCAGUAACAACCUUCAUGUGGGCCGAGGAUCGUCCUGUGUCUUGCUUAGGCAGCUCAAAAAUCCCACCAUGUUCAAAGAGAGAAAAUUUUUUUGCCUUUGCCAUCAUGACCGUGUGAAUACCGAACAGAAAAUGGCACAUUUGAUCAACUGUUGAACAGCCUAUUUCACUUUAAUGGUUUCCAAUAAAUAGCUUUCUUUUUUUGUCGCACUCCCAUUUCUGCUUUUUUCAUUUUGCAGUUCUGCUUAGAACCGCUGAGAACUGCUUAGAAGAUCUAACAGAGCAAAAUGUAAAUUCUUGCAAUUUUUCAACUGGUCUUAAAAUGUUGUUUUCGGAGUGUAUCUUUAUUGGUGUGUUGUGUAUGAACACAAGCCAAGUUCAUUUGGCUGAAAACACCCUAUCAACGUUCAACACCGAUGCGUCUUUUUAAUACUAAAACGUGCUGCAGCUGAAUUACUUUUGCUGUGAAUGUCACUCGCUCCCUAAAAUGUAAUGUGAUCGAAGGCGACCACUUCGUGUCGCAGAACAGAUUGUACUCAUCCGUAAGUGUGAAAUCUUGUGCGAGUGUGUGAUGGAAUUACAUACGGUCUAUCCCAAAGUGAUUCACAACCUGGCCUAUUUUGAGUUAAGUGAUCAUUUUUUGGUGAAUGGCUAUCUUUGAGCAGGAAAUGACACCAGAAAAUAGCAGAAAGGCGUGGUACUGUCCUUAUUUGACCAUUUCAAAAAUGCAUUUCUGAGCACAUCAUUGAGGAACAAAAAUGAAAACUAAAUCAAUAUCACAAGAACAGGAGAACUGAAAGUGUAUCAUAAAUGUAUGGAAAAUGUCACCGUUAUGGUGAAUGAAUAAUUCUCAGUGUACAAGAACAAUACUUAUGGGAAAUAUUUUUCAAUGAUCUACAAUGUUUUUCCCCUUCCUUACGUCAGGUGCAGCGAAAAAAGAAGACUUGUUUUAACAAAUAAGAAUUCACUUGAUGCAAGAUUUGGCCAGUGUGUGAAUAAUUUUGGGUGCGGGUGUAAGUACGGUGUGUUUCUGUUUGAUGUGUCUGCAGCAGGCAUCAUGGGAUUUGUCUGAAAUCAUCAAAACAUCGAAACAUUAUCACUUGAACUACGGUAUUCAGUGUUCACCCUUUGUGGCACUGUGUAGAAUAUACUG